ACAGAGAGAAAACGUGGGUUUCUUCUAUCUUCGUGGAUCUUUCGAAUUCCAAUCUCCCAUCCUCUGAAAAUCUCGGAGCAAUCAAACCCUAAUCCUCAACACCACCCUAUCAAUUCAAUUCAAUCCAAUCCAAUCCAUCGUUCUUCACUCCUUGACAAGCAUGCUUCAAUCACCAGGCCAUUCUCCACUCCACCUCUCUUCUCCAUCUCCUUCCGUUUCCCAAUUUUCUUCCCAAAACCCUAACAACAAUGAUUCUUCCUCGUCCUCUUCUGGUGCUGCGAUUGGGAAUCACCACAACCACAACCACCCUGCGGUUCUUGACGAAGACACCUACGUCGAAGCGUUGGAGAAGAUCAUCGAGCGCGAUUACUUCCCUGACAUCUCCAAGCUCCGUGAUCGACUCGAUUGGCUUGAAGCCAUCAAAACCGGCGAUCCCGUUCAAAUUCGCGAUGCCCAGUUGAAGAUUAUGGAGCGCCGUGGUGGAAAGAAGGUAACUUCAACCUCCAACCCUCUUGAUUCUUCUAGAAUUUCAGCCACACCAGGUUCCACUUUCGUCAGAAAUUUCACACCUUUAGAUGAAUUUGACGGUAAAACCCCUAUAACACCGGGGUUUUCUGGUGCCGAGGGUGGUGGAAGUGAUGGUGGUGCUGGUGGGGGUGUGAACACUAAACUUGGGCUUGAUCAGUUUUUGAGGAGGUAUACUAGUGAGGAUAAUCAUAGCUUUUCGAAGAUUUUGGAGAAAGUGAAUAGGAAGAGGAAAGAGAGGUUUGGGUUUUUGAAUAAUGGUGAGGAGGAUGUGAAGGCUAUUGAGGAUGAAAAGAGGGAUAGGAUAACUGAUGGUUAUGGAACCUCUUAUCAGCCUCCGGCUUCGUUGGAAGGUUGGAAGUACACACCGAAGAAUUUGUUGAUGUAUCACCCUGCUGAUAAUGGUGAGGUGCCCUUGACUGAGGAGGAAAGGGCGGUGAGAAUCAAAGGUGCCACGAAGGAGAUUAGUCUUCUGAAUACGAGGUUUCAUGGUAAAAUGAUGGAUUCUAGGCCGAAAGAUGAUGGGACCGUUGAGGUGCUUUAUACCCCUGUUGCAGGUGCUACUCCGAUGCCGAUGCAUCUUAGAGAAGGGGAUAGAUUGAAGAAGUAUGAUCUGGAUGAUUUGAGGAAGACUCCGAAUCCGUUUUAUUUAGAAUCUGAGAAAAAAGCUGAGAAUGGUUAUAGCUAUGUGAAGACACCAUCUCCCGCACCAGGUGUUGAUGAUUCCCCGUUUAUUACUUGGGGAGAGAUAGAAGGGACGCCAAUGAGGUUGGAUAUGGAAGAUACGCCAAUUGAUAUUGGUGGGAGUGCUGAUGGACCUCAUUACAAUGUUCCUUCUGCUCCAGCGAGGGAUGCGAAAGCACACUCACUUUCUAGGGAGGCUGCACGGAAGCUGAGGGCGAGGACAAAGAUGUUUCAUAAGCCCCCAUUGGCAUCGCCAGUUAGAGGUGGAAGUGCUAGUCCGAACAUGCGCACGCUUUCUCCUGCUGCUCAGAAGUUUAUGAGGAAUGCAAUUGCCAAGUCCUCAUCUUCUGUUGAUGAGUCACUCCGGGCUAGUUACCGUGGUUCGUCUCCUGCUUUGUCUACUCCUAGGAAUGUUAGAAGUGUGUCUAGGUUUGCUAAAGAUGGGAGCAUGGCUUCCAGGUCUCCAUCUGUUAGAGAGGGCUCCAACCCCCCUUGGUGAUGUAACAUAUUUUGAAAUUAGUGACAAUGUUGUAAGCUUUUUUUUACCUUGGAUAAUAUGUUGAAAUCUCAACAACCAUAUGAAUUUCGAUGGAAAGAACAAUCUAAGAGUUAUAAACAUUGCAUUCUGAAUUUGUAA